UUUUUUUUUUUUUUUUACCUCGGCCCGUUCCCCACGGAGUUUCACCCGGUUCGUCGCGUCACGUGCUAUCGAAAAACCCCGAAACACUUUGACGACAAGACCGUCUCGUCGGAAAUGAAAUAAAAAAACGCAUUACAGCACUGCCGCCAUCGCGGGUCCUUUUUUUUUCCUCUCUCGCGCCACUCCGCCGCGACCUGUGGACAACCCCGUCGGCACUGCGAAAUCGGUUCGCGCCCGCGAGUGCGUCGUCGUCUCCGCCGCACCACAGUUUUUGGUCCUUCCGAACGAGUGAUCACGUUCGAUCGACGUCGUACCGAAUUUAACGUGCGAUGCUAAUUCAAUCCGGAUAACUAAAUGUGAGUCCAAAUUUCGUGUGUUGCACCGGUGGACUCGAAUGCCUGGAUUCUAUAAUUUUUCAUCCGCGUACGAGUGAAAUUUAAGAAUAUUUGGUCAUUUGUUUCAUACAAUCUACUACAAGAAUUGAUCAAAUUCGUAAAACUAUCAGUUGUGAUAGGACGACUACACCUAUGUGGCGGCACGUGCUGAACGCAAGAUGACCAAAUGCGUGGACGAUGCGCGGUGGCCGGCCAGUGCAGCUGAUCGUAAUGGUGUUGGUGUGUUGUUACGGCGGCUUGGCGUUCGCGGAUUGGGCGGACUGUCCGAGCCCGUGCCAAUGCAAGUGGAGUUCGGGCAAGAAGACGGCGUUGUGCAAGGACGCCGAGCUGACGGACGUGCCGACGCAGCUGGACGGCGACAUGCAGGUGCUUGAUCUGUCCGCGAACAGCAUACGCGUGCUGCCGGCGGAAGCGUUCAAGCGGGUCGGGCUGCUCAACCUGCAGCGGGUUUUCAUGCGCGGGUGUGGGUUGCACGAUGUGCACCGGGACGCUUUCCGCGAGCUUAAGAUCCUGGUCGAACUGGACCUGAGCGACAACCUGAUCGGGUCGCUGCACCCAAAGACAUUCCAUGGCAAUGAGCGUCUGCGCGUGCUCUACCUGAACGGCAACCCGCUGACGGAAGUGGGAGAGGCGCAGUUCCCGGUGCUGCAGCACUUGCGCACGCUCGAGCUGCAGCACUGCCAGAUCAAGCGCGUGCACCGGGACGCGUUUCUGCACUUAUCCGCGCUCGAGUCGCUUAACCUGAACGGGAACCUGCUGAAGCAGCUCUCCGAGACCGUGUUCCUAUCGGUGGCCAAGCUGAAGACGCUGUCGCUGGACGGAAACCCGUGGGUGUGCGACUGCCGGCUGCGCAGCUUCCGCAACUGGCUGGUCACGUCCAACCUAUACUCGCACCCCCUGUCGUGCACUGAGCCGGUCGAGCUGUCUGGCAGCCGGUGGGAGAACGUACAGCCGGACGAGUUCGCAUGCCCACCCACCGUGCGCAUUGACCGGGACAACGUGCUCGAGGACGCGGGCAGCAACGUGUCGUUCACGUGCAAGGUGACCGGUGACCCGGAGCCCGAGGUCAGCUGGUACUUCAACGGACACGGCGUGGACAACUACACGGACCGCAUGGAUGAAAAUCGCACGUGGCUGGACAGCGGCGACGGCGGUGGUAAUGGUGGCCGCACGUGGACUGCGCUCACCGUGUUCAACGUCUCGGAUGUGGUGGCCGGUGAGUACACGUGCGAGGCGAGCAACUCGCGCGGCCGCGCGACCGCCAACGUAACGCUCGCACUACCUGAGGUCGCGGUGGCCACGACGCUCAGCAAGUCGCGGUCCGUGUACGUGAUGAUGGUGUGCGCGGCCGCGAGUGUGGCUGCACUGCUGUUCGUCGCCGGGCUCGCGUGCUGCGUGUGCCACGUGCGCAAGUCAUCCCGCGGGCAACGCGCUGGCAAGGCUGCGUUCAAGGGUAGCACGAGCUUCAGUGACGCAGACAAACGGUUGCUGGACGCCAGCAUAUCCACCACGCAAGCGGGAAGCUGCGAGAUGCUGGGUGGCGGUGCCGAGGCGCACGGCGACGGUGGUGGUAGUGGCAGUGGCAGUGGUGGCUCGUCGUCCGGCCACGACCUGGAGCUGGUGGAACAGUCGUUGCACAACAUUCCACUGGCGGCCGUGUGCGACCAGCAGCCCGUGCACAUCACCAUCGAGAGCCACGACCAUUGCAACUCGGGCGUGUCCGUGUACCCACCGCCACCCGAGUUCUCCACCAGCAUCCUGCCAUCGGUCAGUGGCUACGGCAAUAUAUUCAUCUCGGUGUCUGUGAGCCAAGAGCCGCCGGACCCGGAGUCUCGAUAUCCGGACCUGUUGGACAUGCAACACCGGCAGAAGCAGAACGUGAGCGUGGCCACCGGCACAAACGGGGGGCCGGCUAUGGGCGCCCGUCAUCGCGAGGUGCUCGUUGGGCCCGGUCAGUCAUCGUACUACGCUACGGUGCCGCGCAAGAACCGGUUGAAGGACAACGGCCACCACCAGCAUCAGCAGCACCAGAAGAACCAUCAGCAGCACCAGUUGCAGCAUCACCGUCCAUCCGUCAAGUCGGUGGCGCCGCACUACGACAACAUGGGCCCGCGGAUCACAGUUACGGGUAGCUGCACCAAUCUGUCGUCGCUUGUGUCCAGCAGUGGCGGCUCGUCCUCGGACGACAUACCGCCGCCACCACCACCGCCGUUGUGCACCGGCCACACGGAUUACGUCGCCCUUUAAUCGCCCCUGCUGCAACAGGUGGCACUCGGGGGGUUGGGCGAAUAGACGUCUUAGGAUUUACGCUCGUUGGUCGUGACUUGUACAGUGUAAAAAUAAAUCUAUCGCUACUAUUGUCGUAUAUGUUUUUCAUCGUAAGCACUUGAACCGAAGAUUCUCCCCGUGGUGAGUGUUGGCAAGCACGUGCGUUAUACCAUCUAAUGAGUAACUCACGUCGUGGUUACGAAAAAAUAAUCGAACACCACCGCAUGGAAAAUACUAUUAUUAUUAUUAUUAUUAAAAUAAUUAUCGUUUAGUCGAUGAGAAUGUCGAGAAGAUAAAACGAUAAAUAACAAUAAUAUUAUCAAAUACACGUACGUAUUGUCACUGUUUACGUUUGAAUUGAACACUGAAAGCUUAAGUUGUAUUGUUCGUCAUCAAUCACUCGGCGUUUAUUAUUGAGAUCAGUGUUAUCAAUGAAAGGUUACCAGAGGGGAAAAGAACCCGAAUACGAUCCAUUACAAUGAGUAGUCGGAAAAAGGAAGUGAGUAAUCAUUGUAUAAACUGGAAUUCUAUUCAGUUUUCGUUUGUUUACUUGUGUAUUAUGUUGUUGUUUUUGCAAAGUCAGUAGGUUAAAUUUGACAAUCUAUAGUUUUAAUAAUUAAACAAUAAUAAUUUUAUGUUUCGUGUUCAUUUCAAAAAUAUUAUUUUCCAAUUGAUUAUAGUCCUCUGAUAAGACAACACAGUUAUCACAAAAAAUGAAAAAUAUAUGAAUUUAUCGUUAUACUUGUACAAUUAAUGUACAUGAUUGUUAAAUAUUCCAUUUAAUGUUGAGAUUAUAAAAAUUUUAAAACAAUAAUAAUGAUAAUCGAAUAAUUUACUAAAGCUAUCAACUUAAUAAUAUCAAAAUCACACGAGAAACAUAGACCACAAAACUCUAUUCUAUAAUAACCGUUUAUCAAGAAGACUCAAUGUAACAAAAUUGAAUUUGUACGGGUUUUCUUACAACACAUUUUACGAUACACUUAUUUAUUUAACACAUAAAAUUCAGUAGAAAAUUCUUCAAAAGUUAUAAAAUUGACU